AUGCCGCCGCCGAGUUUGCUGCAGAGUCGUCGCCGCCGAGUUUGCUGCAGAGUAGUCGCCGCCGAGAUCUCCUCCUUCGUGCAAGGUCGCCGGCGUCGAGACUCCGACUUCGCUGCUUCGCCGCCGCCGCCGAGAUCUCCGCCUUCGCUGCAAGACGUCGCCGCCGAUAUCUCCGAUUCGCAGCAAGGUCGCGCCGCCGAGAUAUCCUCCUUCGCUGCAAGGUCGCCGCCGCCGCCUAGAUCGUCGUCUCCGCCGCCUAGAUCGUCGCCGCCGCCGCCUAGAUUUGCUGCCGCCGAGUUCCAAUCACCGCGCGUCGUCUGCGUUCGGGGAGAGGAAGAAAGGCAGAGGAAAGGGAGAGAGAAACGGGGGGAGAGAGAGGGGGGAAACUGA